AUGACUUCUAUUCACGAGGUUGUGGCUCUUAUCGAAGAGCUGUAUUCUCCUCAUCCGAAACAUGACGUUCAUCAAAUUCAACAGAGUUUACAGUCAAUCCAGAAAUCAGAACAAGGCUUCCACCUUGCCAAUGAGCUGCUGUCUGAUGAUAAGUACUCUGCGAACAUCAAGUACUUCGGUGCGUUGACGUUGACUGUGCAACUGAAUACACGGGGUGAAAACGACUAUGAAACCUUAUGGAAUGUUUUCAAGUCAAAUUUAUCGUACUUGACAAAGUUCAGUACAUUAUACAUUUCCAACCCCAACAUGUAUGGGCAGUCUCUAAUCAUUAUUAAAAAGUUAAUGUCGAACUUGUCGUUGAUCUUUACAAGAAUUAACGAUCCGCAGCUCAAUAGUACUUAUAGUGAAAAUAUGAUUGAACAAUGGAACAAUCCCAUAAAUACGUUUAUCCAGCUCAUGUCUUUCCAAAAUCAAAAUGUCCAUGCUGAACAGCUAUUGUUUGAUUCAAUUAAUUGUUCUCUGACUUACGAACAAUUAUCUCAGUUCGCCAGCCUUUCUCAGAAACACAACGAAUUAGUAUUGACGUUUACGGAAAUUAUUGUAGAAGAUUUGACCAAAUUUCAAACAAAGAGACAUUCAAUGUCUCAAAUCCAUGAUAUAGUCCAUGAGUACUUAUAUAUCUCGACUAUGGCAUUGAUUAACUUGAACUUGACUGUAUCAGCUAUCUUCAAUCCUAUAGUGUUUGAUUGUAUUACUGCUUGGGUUAAUUACAUUUCAUUGACCAGAGGUGUAUCUCCAAGUGGUAGAAUGGAUCUAUCAGAAAUUUUCCAAAACUUGAUAGAUUUGAUGUAUCAAUCCACUGAAGGAUCCGAUGGCUAUGAUAAUGCCGAAAAGAUCCUAACAAUUUUUGGUAAUGUUUUCGCUAAUGAUCCACUGUUAAUGAGUUAUGAUUUGAGAGAACAAAUUGAGUGUAUCUUCUUAGGUGUAGUGAGGCCUGAUUCUGGAAUAACGGACUCAUCUAACAAAAAUUCUUGGAUGCUGCAGUACAUGAACUAUUUAGUUACCAACGAAUUUUUCUCUGAAUUGAAAGAACUGACCAUUUGCAUCGUGGAUUUCUUACAAAUUAAUACAUUAAGCGUUUGUAAUAAGUUAUUCACGAACAUUCAAGUGACUGACAAUGGUCAAGUUCAAGAUGAAUUUAUCAAAGAGUAUAUUAAGGUUCUUUUGCAAUUAACCAAUUUCCCACUGACGCCUGUCCUACAAGAGUUUUUCUCUGUAAGAAUGGUCGAUUUUUGGUUGGAUUUAUCGGACGCCUACACUAACUUAGCCACCGAAACUUUGAGACCAAACUCUAUUGAAUUGUCUACACAAAUUUUCCAGCAGUUGAUCGACGUUUAUUUACCUAAAAUUUCUCUGAGUGUUAAGCAAAAAAUAGUUGAAGAAGAUGGUGAAACUACGUCUAUGAACGAAUUUGAUGAUUUCAGAAAUGCCGUCUGUGAUCUUGCUCAAUCUCUUUGGUCCAUUUUGGGAAACGAUAAUUUAACAAAUGUUCUCAUUAACGGUAUGGGCCAAAUACCUGCAGCGAGUGACGAAUCUCUAACCAUCAAGGAUUCUGACCCUAUGUUCCAAAUUGAAACGAUGUGCUUUGUAUUGAAUACUAUAUUGGUUGAUAUGACGUUAUCGGAAAGCUCAUGGAUUAAAACUAUCCUUGACUCCAACAAAUUCUUCAACCAGAACGUAUUAUCGGUCUUCCAAACUGGAUUCCAAACUAGCGCCGAUACAAACGUUGGUAGAAUUUUGAAACUUGAUAUUGUAAGAACGAGCACUACGCUAAUGGGUACUUUGGCAGGCUAUUUCAAACAAGAGCCUUUUCAAUUAAACCCAUAUAUUGAGACCUUAUUUCAAGGUUUGCAUACAUGUACUAAUUUUACCAGCAAAAACGAGCAAGAAAAAAUUUCGAACGAUAAACUCGAAGUUAUGGUCAUCAAGACUGUAUCAACACUAUGUGAAACAUGUCGUGAAGAAUUGACUCCAUAUUUGAUGCAUUUCAUAAACUUCUUGAACUCUGUCAUUAGGCUAGAGUCUAAUGUUUCCCAUUUCACUAGAACCAAGUUGGUUAGAUCAAUAGGUUAUGUGGUUCAAUGUCAGGUUGUCGGUGGUCCAGAAGUGCAAGCUAAAUAUAUUUCACAAUUGACAGAUCUGUUGAAUGGAUCAAUAGAACACUGCUUGGCAUCAUCGGUACAGUUGCAAGAACAGCAAGAUUACAUCAACUGUCUGUUGUGCUGUAUAUCUGAGCUAGCAACUGCCCUAAUUCAACCUACCGAAAUUAUCGAAAACGAUGCACUACUACAGAGAUUAACUGAUUUUCAAAAUUUUUGGUCCACUGAUCCACUACAAAUCCGAUCGAAGAUUUUACGUACUAUCGAUGAGGUCUUGGAUAAUCCUAUAUAUGGUAAGAACUCGGCAUUUGUAGAGAUUGGCUGUUUAAUUGUUGGUAAAGGAUUGAAUUUGCCUGAAGACGAGCCUUUUUUCCUCAAGUAUACUAUGUCUGAUGUCAUGAAUUUUGUUUUGAAACACGUCCCCAACUGUGAACUUGGCACUUCUUUGCCUUAUUUUGUUUAUCUACUAGAAAAAUUGAUUUUGGAAUUUAGAAGUCAACUAACAUCACAAGAGUUUGAUUUCAUGUUCGAGAAGAUUCUUUUAGCCUACUAUGAUACAUAUAUUAUCAAUGAUCCGGAUCUCUUACAGAUGACGAUAGGUUUCGUUAAUAAUGUGUUAGACGUUAAGCCAGGUUUGGCAAUUGGCAGUAAGCAUUGGACUUCGUUUAUAUUGCCUCACUUUCUAAAAUUACUACCAUCGAGAGAGAAGUUCACAAUUGUUGCGGUGGCAAAGUUUUGGACCAAGUUGAUCAAUAACAAGAAAUACAACCAAGAAGAACUAACAACCGUUAGGCAACAAGUUUCCUCCAUAGGGCAAGAACUGGUAUACCAAACUAUGUAUGGUUUAUUUCACACACAAAGGUCUGAUCUGAAUAGUUACACGGAUUUGCUAAGAGCCUUGGUAGCCAAAUUCCCAAUUGAGGCUAGGGAUUGGCUGGUUGUUGUCUUGCCCCGAAUAUGUAAUAAUCCUGCAGGUCAUGAAAAAUUCACUAAUAAACUACUCAUUACAAGGGGAAGCAGAGCAGCCGGGAAUGUUAUUUUACAAUGGUGGUUGGAUUGUACUACACUUCCAAACUAUCAGGCAUAA